AUGGUAACGGCUGGUGAUGCUAAUGAAAGGAAGUGGCCGUACGGACAGUGGCUGCGCGGAAAGGAGGCGAGGCGAGACGAGAUGGUUGGGUAUGAGACGGCGGAAACGGAGGUGAGACAACAUCGAGUAUUCAGACGACGAAAACGGAGGCAAGACAGCGGCGAUUGUCCUGACGGCGGCGAGUGUCGAAGCGGUUUUAGGGUUGGGAGGAGGAAAUGGGCUCGAAAAUAA